AUGGAAACCGUACUAGAAGCUACGUUGAAUGGCACGAAAUCAUCUCCUCCGUUACACCCUUACUACCCUCUCGAAGUCGAAAUUGCUGGUUACAUAGCCAACGAGUACUCCGUGAUCCAAUUGCUGCUAGCUUUUGGUUCAGGAUGUGCGGCCAUCCUCUCUGUUACUUACGUCGCUGCAAAGCGGAUACGCUCCCAGAUACCGACAUCUGAGCUACUCACCCUCAUGUGGUUCGUCCUGAGCGGGUGCAUCCACUUCUUCUUUGAAGGCUAUUACGCGUACAACUUUAAGGCUAUGGGCGGGCGGCAAGACCUGUUUGGGCAGCUAUGGAAGGAAUACGCAUACUCUGACUCGCGGUAUCUUACUCAGAACGCGUUUGUCAUGUGCAUGGAGAGCAUUACUGCUAUCUGCUGGGGCCCUCUAUCCUUCAUCGUGGCGCACAUGAUCACCACGGAGCACCCAUUGAGACAUCCGCUGCAAGCGAUCGUUUCGCUCGGCCAGCUAUACGGAGAUGUUCUGUACUAUGCCACUAGCAUGUUCGACCACUACUACUUGGAGAAGUCGUAUUGGCGGCCAGAGGCGUACUACUAUUGGUGCUACUAUGUUUUCAUGAACUUGUUCUGGAUCGUCAUCCCCCUCAUACUGCUGUACAACAGCACAACCGCCGGCGGGCGUGCGUUCAAAGCGCUCCAGAAGAUGGAUCGGUCGCUGCAGGCCAAUGGCGCUAUCAAGAAGACAUUGUGA